UGAACCCUGUGCUUCUGAUAUAGAUCCAUAUAGCUAUGAAUAUUUAUUAUUUAUAACUGAAUUUAUUUAGCAAUAUGGUGAAACACAAGUCGAAUUAUAAUAUUUUUUAUGACAUUGAUCAACGUAACAAUUUUGGGGAGAAAACUCAUUUACAUUUUCAACGGAAAAAUCAUGUGAAAUCUCAAUUUAUUCAAAGAUUAACCCUAAAACAAGAAUUGCAGGGUCAUAAUGGAUGUGUUAACUGUUUGGAAUGGAAUACAAAAGGCAAUUUGUUGGUCAGUGGAUCUGAUGAUUUUAAGAUCAUUUUAUGGGACCCUUAUUCCUCUCAUAGUAAUAACACCAAAAAUAGAAGCAAUAUCUUACAUACUAUUCAGACUCAUCAUUAUGGCAAUAUAUUUUCUGUUAAGUUUUUGCCAGAAACAAAUGACAGCAUAAUAGUAAGUGGGGCAGCUGAUAAAAGAGUUUGCUUACAUGACAUAAAUUAUUUUGCCAAAGUUGUGAAUAAUGGCUAUAAUGGAGGUAAACAAUUGGUAACUUGUCAUUACUGCCAUAGGGGUAGAGUUAAAAGGAUUGGUGUAACAGACCGUGAACCUUUUAUGAUCUGGAGUAUUGGAGAAGAUGGCCUUGUAAUGCAAUAUGAUACUAGGAUGCCUGCCUGCCCCCAUCAUAAUGCCUCCACAACCCAUGAUGCACCAAUAGAAAACUAUAUUGAAUGCAAUAACAUACUAUUAAACCUCAAUUUAUAUUGUGAUUCUAACUCAAAUGGCAAAAGCAGCUUGAAUAUCAGAAAAAAUGGUGUAUUGGAAGGCAAAUGCAUGGCCAUCAAUCCAUUAAGACCUGAAAUGCUGGCGGUAGGUUGUAAUGACCCUUAUGUUAGAGUCUUUGAUAGAAGAUUUUUGACUGCUACCACAUUUGAAGCUCCAGCUGGAUAUACUAGCCAAGACGCCCCAUCAUAUAGUGAAAGAAAUGGUGAAAAUGUACCCCUCAAUGCCUGUCGAUAUUUUGUUCCUGGCCACGUCCCAUUCAGAUUAAAGGAAUACAAAAAAAAGUUUAGAAAUCUGGCUUGUACUUACACGACAUUCAGUCCCGAUGGCUCAGAACUACUGGUCAAUUUGGGCGGUGAACAAAUAUACCUCUAUGAUACCCUGUUUUGUUAUAAACCUAAAAAUUAUUCCUUGAAAAGGGAGCUUAUUCAAAGUUAUGACGACAAUCACAUGUCUUCGCUUUAUUCUAGUCCCGACAAUUACUCAAAUAAAAUUUACGGAUACGAUGAUCAAAUAUCGCUUGCUACGGCUUUGUCACUCGCUAGCGAAUUUAAAAUGGCGGAUAGAAAGCAUGAGAUCAAACCUGAGUUAUCAUCUGAAACAAAUUACGAAACGAUUCCCAAAAAGCAGAGAAAGGAGAAUGGAUUUAGCAUCUAUACGUCACCGUCAUGCAACAUAUCGCAAUUACCGUCCAACAAAAAUGGCGCUUUUCCCGCCAAUAAUCUCAUUCCGUCUGGCUCGCAUAUAAAACGUUCAUUCAAGGCAACAUUGGCCGAUUUACUAGGCUUGGAUAAUGAUCACGAUGGACAUGUCGUUUUUGCCGAUAUUAAUAAAAUUCUCUCAAAUCCAUUUUCCUUGCUACCUCCGUCAGCCGAUACAGAUCCGCUCGUGUUAAAGCUCAAAGAAGAAGCGAAUCAAUAUUUUAGAGCUUCGCGUUUCGAUCGAGCUAUAACUAGUUACAAUAAAGCCCUCUCUAAGAUCAACACAUCGGUCUCAAUAUAUACGGGACCCGCAUCAUCGGCCUUACUUAGCUGCAAUAGGGCGGCGUCACUCAUCAAACGUAAUUGGGACGGGGAUAAUUAUGCGGCCAUGUUGGACUGUUUCCAAGCCUUGAGACUUGAACCUUUAAACAUCAAGGCUCGUUUCCGGUUUAUCAAAUGCUUGAUGGAACUCGAUUUGGUUAAGGAGAGUAGAAUGUGCUUGGAACGUUUCAAAAAACUCUUUCCUAUUAAUAAUUACGCACGUGGUGACGACAACGAAAAGGUUGAGAAUGAGGGAGAUAUCAGUGGACAUUAUAGGGCUGUCGCUUCCGCUUUUAGAAUCCUGGAAAGCCACAUAGCAGCUAAGGAGUUUCAUGUCAAUGAUCAAAAGUUAAAGUCCGAUAAAAACGGAGUCGCUAAAAAGUCCAAAAAAGAACCUCCAAAGAUUUCAAUAGAGUCCGACCGGCCUUCCAGUCUGGCCGCUUCAAGUAACCCAAGAUUUAAGGAUCGGGCUUGGAAAAAGUACGCGAGAGACUACAAGCUCAGGUAUUGCGGCCAUUGCAAUACCACUACCGAUAUCAAGGAAGCCAACUUUUUCGGGAGCGAGGGUCAGUUUAUAGUUGCCGGAUCUGACGAUGGUUACUAUUUCGUUUGGGACAAAGCUAGUACUAAUAUAUGCAAGGUUUUGGUGGGCGAUGAAGCUAUCGUCAAUUGCUUGCAACCGAAUCCAGUGGAAUGUCUCCUGGCCACGAGCGGCAUUGACCCUCAUAUACGCCUGUGGAGUCCUGGGCCCGAGAUCUCUGAUAAUUAUAACUCCGUAGCCUACGAAGUUGAAAACGCGAAAAAUAAUGAAGAAACAGCGGCCUCGAAUCAAAAACGGAUGAACGCGGAUCCUAUAGAAGUCAUGCUAAUGAAUAUGGGUUACCGGGUUAACCCCCCUUCUGCCUCCAAUCUUAACCCACUCCCCGCCGACUCCAAUUUUAAUUCAUCCUUAGGAAUUUUCGAGGAUUUUAAUUAUGAAGGGCAUCAUGAAGGCGUGAGCCAAGAAAAUUUUGGCGAAGUGGAAGAGAAUGAUAAUGACAGGGAAGGUAGCGAGGACACUUUCAGUACUACUACCGUUCAGUGCAGAACCACGUGACUAUCAAUUCAUUUCUUCCUUCAUAACUUUGAUAUUUAAAUAAAAAGUUGAAAUCACCUAUUGUAACAAAUUUUUUACUCUUAAAAUUUAAUUUUAUAUAAAUUUAUAAUAUAUAUAUAAAUAUAGGGUAAGAACAAUUUUCAAGCAUUUUAUAUAAAAAAAAUAUUUUUCGAAGUUUUCCCGGUUUAAAAAUUGGAUUACUUGUUAAUUUGCACUUUUUAUAAUUUCUAAACUUGUAUAUUAAUUUUGAAAAGAAAGCGAAUUAGUUUUUAUUUACCGACGAAAAUUUAUAUUAAGGCUAUUUUAAACAAAAAAAAUGGGCAUCUUGAUAACGACUUUUGAAAUCGCCUUGAUUGAUUGUAUUUUUUCCUUGUUCUUCUAAGAAACAUAAAUCCACUCAAUAUUCGAAAUUUUAAAAUCGGUAAAGUCUAUUAUAAUUUCCUCCUUAUCAUUUUAACAAUUACAUGAUAAAUUAGAAGAUUUAUGCAAGCCCUUUCCUGUUAUCGAAUCACAAAUAAGGUGCGAUAAGUUUGAAUAUAUUCGCCUUUGAAAUAAUAUUAUGAAUCAUUAUGUUAUAAAAUAUUUUUUACGUAAUGGUAAAACAUAAUUAUAAUUUAGGUAAUUAUUCGUUUAACAAGAUUAAGAGAGAAUUUUUUUAUUAUAAUUGUAAAUAAAUGCAAUCUUUUAUAUAUUAUUAAUAAUAUAUUUUAUUAGGAACAUUGAAUUAUAUUAUAAUAUUUGUUUCACAUUAUUUAUUACAAUAAAUUUUUUUUUAAAAAAUUAAGAUAUUCUGUGAUUGAUUUAAUUUAUAAAUUAUAUUUUUUUAAAAUACAAAAUAUGACUUAUUGAAUUUUACAAAAAAAAGUGCAAACCUACUUAUGAUAAGACAAUAUAAGUAAUAUAAUGGUAAAUUACAAGUAUUAGGUUACCGGUUACCUCUGUAAGUACAUUAAAGCAGCUAAAUACAUUUUGAGAAUGUCCGAAGUCAUCUAUGAUCAUAAAAUUAGCCUGAUUAUUAACAAUAUUUAUAUUAAUUAUACGACCUUAAAGUAUUUUGUACACAAAAUGAAAAUCAUACCUGUAUCAAAUCUUUUUAAUGAUUACCUUAACUAGGAUUGUGCCGAUAUUAAAUAUCAAAUCGGCACCGA